AUGUCAUUACAAAAGCUAACAGCAGAAAUAUACUCACUUUUUGAAAAAGAAGAUUAUGCGAAAUGUCAACAGUUAUUGCCACCUAUAAAAUUAGAAUUAAUUAAACAUAAUUUAUUAGUACCAUUAGAUUCAAAUACACAAACAAAAGAUCAAAUAAAUGAUAUUAAAAUAGCUCAAAGAGUAUUAGAAAUUGGAGCAUUAUCAUCAUUACUCACAAACAAUUAUAAUGGAUUUGAAAACUCAUUUGCUCAAUUAAGACCUUUUUAUUCAAAUGGUAAAAUUCAUAAUAUAAAUAAAUUACAUUUAAAUACUGAUUCAACUAAAAUUAUAUCAUUAUAUUUAUUAUAUUUAUUAAGUCAAGGAUUAAUUUCAAAAUUUCACAUUGAGUUGGAACUCAUCUAUAACUCCAAGCAAUAUGACGUUGAAAAUGACAAAUACUUGAAUUUACCAAUCAAUUUAGAAAGUAAUUUAAUGGAAGGUAAUUAUAUAAAAAUAUGGAAAUUAUUAAAAGAAGAAAAGAAUUUACCAUGUAAAGAAUUCAAUCAUUUCAUUGAUACUUUGAUAAAUGCAUUGAGAUAUGAAAUAUCAAAAAGUAUUGAAAAAACGUAUGAUUCAAUACCAAUUUCAAAUUGUAAAAAUCUAUUAUAUUUACCUCAAGAAACAAGUGAUUUACAAUUUGAAGAAAUUUUAAAAGAUAAUUUAGAUACACAAAAUUGGGAACUUAAAAAUGGAAAUAUUAUUUUUACAAAACCAGAAAAUGAAACUAAUGUUGAUAAUGAAACUAUUAUUAAAAAUGUCUUGGGUUAUGCUGAACAAGUAGAAUCAAUUGUAUAA